UAAAUCAAGCGCACCUACCACCUACCGGCUUCAACAGUUAUUGCGCAUGUGGAGCAGCCAUAUGGCUGCGUGCUUUACGGCAAUCAACCCGUAUCUUUAGGUUCUCUUGAUACAUCCAUGGUCUGUAGACGCUAAAUCCAACCGAUAUCUGCAGUCUGCAGUCAGGCAACUAACAGAAACAGCCAACAAUGGCUCAUCUUACUGAAAACCACGCUGACAAAGAGAGGUUCAUCUGCAUCUAUCCCAUCUACGUCAACAGUAAGAAGACGCUGGCUGAAGGGCGAAGGAUCCCCACAGAGAAGGCGGUGGAGAACCCGUCCUGCGCUGAGAUCAGGGACGUGCUGACGGCGGCUGGGAUGAACGUCUAUGUGGAGAACAAAAUGCAUCCCAGGGAGUGGAACAGGGAUGUGCAGUUCAGAGGUCGCGUCAGAGUCCAGGUGAAGCAGGAGGACGGCAGCCUCUGUCAGGACAAGUUCUCCUCCCGUAAAGAAGUGAUGUUUUACGCAGCAGAGAUGAUCCCCAAACUAAAGACCCGGACCCAGAAGAGUGGAGCAGGAGACACCAGCUCUCAGCAAGGAGAGGGAGGAAAGAAGAGCAAGAAAAAGAAGAAAUAGACUCAUAGAAAUUCCAUUUGUCUUUUUUUUUUUUUUACUUCAUUUGUAAUAUGAGCUCAGUCAGCCAAAAUCAAACUCUGAAAUUACACUGAAGCCAGUUUGUGUUUUUAAGAAGUUUGUUAACCUGAAAGUUGUUGAGCUGUCGGCUUCCAAAAUGAAAAUAUAUCCGUUUACCCUUUUCUGAUUCUUUAAGUCUGGACCCUGCUGAACAUUUCUAUGAGCGGCUGUAACAUCUCCUGACGGAUCAUCGUGGAGUUUCCAAAGAAAGGCAGAGAAAAGAGCUUAUUUCUGUUAUUUCAAGCUUCAAAGUGGAGUGCUGCUUUGGUUUCAGAUUAACACUUACUUUUUUUCAACUUUAUUGUGUCUGUUUGAAGACAAGAUUAAUAAAGAGUUCAUUUUCUCAC